CGCUAUUUGGGCGAGGAGGAGGCCUUUCAGCCCCUCGAAUGAGACUUAGCUUCAGUUUUCUCGCGGAACCUUCGUGCGGGAAUCGGGAUUCCGGCCGGAGGUAGAGAGUACGUACCCGGAGAUGGUGGCGCUGUGAGCGGGGAGGUGCGCCGAAGAUGCAUCUGACGGUUACGCUGUGGAUCAGACAUGGGAAGGUGUACAGGCGCAUGGGCCUGGGACCGCGUUCUCGCAUCGACAUGCUGCGCUGCCUUGUCACCGCCCUGGUCCGGCACGAGAGGAUCGAGACCACCCUGGCACGGGCCGAUGAGAUGAGGGUCUACGCCGAGAGGCUGGUGGACCAUGCCAAGAGGGGGGAAACUGAUCCACGGGCCAUGGAGAUGGCCGACUUCUGGCUGACGGAGAAAGACCUGAUCCCAAAGCUGUUCCAGGUUUUGGCACACCGUUUCCAGAACCAGACAGGGAACUAUGUCCGGAUGUUGCAGAUUCCCAACCGGGACACCUACGACCGGGCACGAAUGGCCGUGAUUGAGUACCGGGGCAACCCCCUUCCUCCUCUGCCAACCUCCCGACCCAGCAACAACCCCAACACCCUGCUCAACCGGCUGUUGGAGGGCUGGAGGCAGGAGGCUGCUUCCACUCGAGCCUCAGCCCAAGGCCAGUCCCAGGUUCCGGGUGCGGCCUAGCUUUGACUUGCCUGGCUCCCCGUGGAGGAAGGGUGUGGGGGGUUGUGUGCAGCAUUCUCCCUCACCCUUGGGGACCACCUGCUGGGCACAGUAAAUGGAUGGGCCCAUAACCCAGAGACUUUUGUUCUCCAGAAAUACGAUUCGAAUGCACUUCCUCUGUCUACUUUCUCAACAUUAAAGCCCUGUGACCCUC